CCCAGUGACGGGCUCCGUGGAUCCGGGUCCCCGCGUCAGCUGAUCGCGCCCGGGGCAGGCGGGCGACAAGCGACACCCGAAACCACCAUAACAACAACAACCACAACAACAACAACCACCACAACAAUAACAACAGCGACAACAACAACCACCACAACAAUAACAACAGCGACAACAACAACCACCACCCCACGAAGCCGGGGCCUGUGGGAACACAGCUGGGUUCGCUGGGGCCGGCGUCUCGCAUGGCGGGCGGAUAGGAGGGGGGGAGACAAAGGCGGACCGUGGCCACAUCGCUGCCGCCACGGCGGUGAAACAGCAGCAGCAGGAGGAGGAGCAGCAGCAGGAGAAGCAGCAGGAGGAGGAGGAGGGGAAGCAGGAGGAGGAGCAUUUGCUGCUCGGGCCUUAUUUGGAAGUCUUCAACACAACAAGAGUCCAGACGUGAACAGCAUGGCCAGACUGUGGCAGCAGUUUGGGUUACUGCUGUGGAAGAACUAUGUACUGCAGAAGCGCCAGGUGCUGGUGACGCUGGUGGAGCUGGCUCUGCCGGCGCUCUUCGCCGCCAUUCUGAUCGCGAUCCGGCAGCGCGUGCCAGAGUCGUCGCACCCCAACGCGACCAUCUACUCGCCGCUGUCCUUGUCGAGCCUGCCCGAGAGCCUCAUGCGGCUCCACUAUUAUCAGUUCCCCGAGUUCCGCGACAAGGGCUGGUUCCUGGCGUUCACCCCGGCCAACGUGACGGCCGUCCACGAUGUCGCAGAGCGCGUCCAGCGAGCCGCCUCCGGCACGCUCACAGCGCUGCCGUUCGAUUCGGAGGCUGAGCUGCUGGCCUUCAUCAAAGCGGACAAUAGGUCGGCGGAGAACGUCCUGGCAGCGAUGGUGUUUGAGAAUCGCUUCGCCCGCGCCGAUGACCCGCUGCCGGAGAAGGUGACGUACUCGCUCCGCUUCAAGUACAGCCCUCGCAACGCGCCUCUCGACGAACAGAGCCAACUCAACCCCAACAGGGACAACGACUGGAUCACCAUCUUCCUCUUCCCCCUGUUCCAGCUGCCGGGCCCGAGGGAGAGACACAUGAAGGAUGGUGGCACGCCAGGUUACUACCGCGAGGGUUUCCUUGCGACGCAGCGCUUCAUCGACGAGGCCAUCACGGCGGCGGCGGCGGAGCGGCUCGGCCGUGCGGCCCCCCGGGCGGCCGUGGAGGUGCAGCGCUUCCCGUACCCGCCGUACCGCGACGACAUCUUCAUCCUCGCCAUCCAGACGCAGCUGCCGCUGCUCCUCAUGCUGAGCUUUGUGUACACGGCGCUGAACAUCGUGCGCACGCUGGUGCACGAGAAGGAGAGCAAGCUCAAGGAGUACAUGAAGAUGAUGUGUCUCAGCAACUGGCUGCACUGGACCGCCUGGUUUCUCAAGUUCUUCAUUUUUUUCCUCAUCUCCGUGUUUUAUAUCACCGUGCUCUUCUGUGUCAAGGUGGGCGAGCGCGGCGCGGUGCUCAACUUCAGCGACCCCACGCUGGUGUUCGUCUUCAUCCUGGCCUUCUCCGUCUCCACCAUCUCCUUCUGCUUCAUGAUCAGCGUCUUCUUCUCCCAAGCCAACGUGGCGGCGACGGCGGGCGCCUUCCUCUACUUCUUCUCCUACAUCCCCUACUUCUUCGUGCUGCCCUGGUACGACCAGAUGAGCCACGUCCUCAAGAUGUCCUCCUGCCUCAUCUCCAACGUCGGCAUGGCCAUGGGGGCCCAGCUCAUCAGCAUGUGGGAGGGCAAAGGCGUGGGCAUCCAGUGGCACAACCUGGGCGAGAGCGUGAGCGUGGACGACGGCUUCACGAUGGCGCACGUGCUCUUCAUGCUGAUGCUGGACGCGCUGCUCUACGGCCUCGUGGCCUGGUACGUGGAGGCCGUGUUUCCCGGAGAGUACGGCGUGCCACAGCCCUGGUACUUCUGCGUGCUGCCGUCGUACUGGCGGGGCACGCAGCGCACGUACCACGUGUCGGCGGGCGACGGUGAAGGAGAGGGCGACGCCGAGGGCCCAACGAGCGAGUUCAUCGAGAGGGAGCCCCUCGGCCUCGCCACCGGCGUCAAGAUCCAGGGCCUCCGGAAGGUGUUUGGGAAGGGGCGGCAUGAAAAGGAGGCUGUGAAGGGGCUGACGCUGAAUAUGUACGAGGGGCAGAUCACGGCGCUGCUGGGGCACAACGGCGCCGGCAAGACCACGACGCUGUCCAUCCUCACAGGCCUCUUCCCGCCGAGCGGCGGCACUGCGCUCGUCAACGGCUACGACAUCCGCUACGACAUGACGCUCGUGCGCAAGAGCCUGGGCCUGUGCCCGCAGCACGAUGUGCUGUUCCCCGACCUCACCGUGGAGGAGCACCUCUCCUUCUUCGCCAAGCUCAAGGGCUGCCCGUACGAGCGCGUGCCGGACGAGGUGAGCGCCAUGCUCGCCGCCCUGCAGCUCGAGGACAAGCGGAAGGCGCGCGCCUCGGCGCUCUCUGGCGGCAUGAAGCGCAAGCUCUCCAUCGGCAUCGCCUUCAUCGGCGACCCCAAGGUGGUGCUGCUGGACGAGCCGACGUCGGGCAUGGAUCCGUGCGCUCGCCGCGCCACCUGGGAGUUGCUGCAGCGGCAGCGAGCGGGCCGCACCGUGCUGCUCACCACGCACUUCAUGGAGGAGGCCGACGUGCUGGGGGACCGCGUCGCCAUCGUCGCACACGGACGCCUCCAGUGCUGCGGCUCGUCGCUCUUCCUCAAGCGCAAAUACGGGGCCGGGUACCACAUGGUGGUGGUGAAGCAGCCGGAGGCGGACGUCGCGUGGAUCUCCAAGCUCGUGCACAGCCACGUGCCGGAGGCCAACCUCUCCAGCAACGCCGGCGCCGAGCUCGCCUACAUCAUGCCAGCCGACACCUCCCACAGGUUCGAGGGGCUCUUCACGGAGCUGGAGCGCCGGCGGGACGAGCUGGGCAUCAACAGCUACGGCGUGUCGGUCACCACCAUGGAGGAGGUGUUCCUGCGCGUGGGCAAGCUCGCCGACUCGGCGCUGGACGCGCAGGCCAGGCAGCUGCCGCACCUGCACUACCAGCACGAGCGGCGCAUGCAUGACCUGACGGCCGAGACGGACAGCAUCAGCGCCUCCAUGGACGACACGAGCACCCUGGUAUCCGAGGACCUGUCCAGCAUCAAGCUCAACACCGGGAUGUGGCUGCUGCUGCAGCAGUGCCGCGCCAUGUUCCUCAAGCGCGCCGUCUACUGCUGGCGCAACUGGAAGGUGAUGGUGGCGCAGUUCCUGGUGCCGCUCAUCUUCACGACGGUGGCGCUGGUGGUGGCGCGCACGCUGCCCGGCCCGCGCGACUCCCCGUCCCUCGACCUGUCGCUGGCGCGCUACGGCGCCCACGUCACCGUGCCGUACGCGCUGGCGCCCGGCGCUGGGCCGGAGGCCGUGAGCGUCGCCCUCGAGUACCGGCGGCAGAUCGCGGAGAUGCGGACGGCCACGGCCGUGUUUGUCAACGACGAUGUCAAGUACCCGGGAGGCGACAUCUGGGACUACCUGGUGGACAAUGCGGAGGCGGAGGGCGGCUCCUUCAACACGCACUGCGUCGUGGGGGCGGCCGUGGCCGGAGCAGGAGCGAACGGCAGUGGCGGCGUGAGCGUCACGGCGCUCUUCAACGGGCAGGGCUUCCACACGCCGGCCACCGCCCUGCUGCUCGUCGACAACGCCCUGCUGAGGCACGCCGUCGGGGCCAACCACUCCAUCUCCGUGCGCAACUACCCGCUGCCUCGCAACGUCACGGAGAGAGCCAUGGACCAGUUUCACGAGGGCCAGACGGGCUUUGCGGUGGCCUUCAACCUCAUGUACGGGCUGGCGUCGCUGGCGAGCACCUUCGCCCUGCUGCUGGUGACGGAGCGCGCCACCCGCGCCAAGCACAUCCAGCUGGUGAGCGGCGUGCGCGCCGUCUCCUACUGGCUCACCGCGCUGCUCUGGGACCUCUUCAACUACAUGAUCCCCUGCUGCUGCAUCCUGCUGGUGUUCCUGGGCUUCGAGGUGAAGGCGUACACGGCGGGCGCACACCUGCUGCUCGUGCUGCUCAUCCUGCUGCUGUACGGCUGGGCCGUCAUCCCGCUCAUGUACCUGCUGCAGAACUUCUUCAGCUCCUCGGCGACCGCCUACACCCGCCUCAGCAUGUUCAACGUCCUCUCGGGCACCGCCAGCUUCCUCUCCGUCAACAUCCUGCGCAUUCCAGAGCUGGGGCUUCUCGAUCUGUGCCACACCCUGGACAAGGUGUUCCUGAUGCUGCCCAACUACUGCCUGGGCCAGUCCCUCAACUACUUCUACGAGAACUACCAGUUCAUCCAGAUCUGCAACAGCAGCAUCCUGGCGCAAAUCCUGUGCCGCAAAAACAACAUCACGUACCAGCUGGACUACCUGGCGUGGCAGCCGUACGGCGUGGGGCGCUACCUGACGCUCAUGGCCGUGCAGGGCGCCACCUACCUCCUGCUCGUCUUCCUUCUGGAGCUGAACGCCUUCCGCAGCCUGGCGCGGCUCUGCCGCAACCUGUGCCACCGCCACCCCUGGUGGAGGGCGCGCGACGCGCAGGUGCCGGUGCAGGAGAGCAAGGAGGACGAGGAUGUGGCUCGCGAGCGGCUGCGCGUGGCCAACGUCUCCGCGGCCGCGCUCUCCGAGCAGCUCGUCGUCAAGGACCUGCGCAAGGUGUACGGGGUGAAGAACCCGCUGGUGGCCGUGGACGGGAUCAGCAUUGGGAUCCCGGCGGGCGAGUGCUUCGGCCUGCUUGGCUUCAACGGCGCCGGCAAGACGACCACCUUCAAGAUGCUGACGGGCGAGGAGACGGUGACGUCGGGCGACGCCGUCAUCGGCGGCUACAGCAUCCUCACCGACAUCCGCAAGGUGCAGCAGCGAAUCGGCUACUGCCCGCAGUUUGACGGGCUGCUCGAGCACAUGACGGGCCGCGAGACGCUGUGGAUGUACGCGCGCCUGCGCGGCGUUCCCGAGCGCCUCAUCCCGGCCAUGGUGGACGACGCGCUGCGAGCGCUGCUCGUCGAAGCGUACGCCGACAAGCUCGUGCGCACCUACAGCGGUGGCACCAAGCGCAAGCUGAGCACGGCGGUGGCGCUCAUGGGCUCUCCGCCCGUCGUGUUCCUGGACGAGCCGUCCACGGGCAUGGACCCCGUGGCGAGGCGGCUGCUGUGGGACGCGCUGAGCCGCGUGCGCGAGGAGGGCAGGGCGCUCGUCAUCACCUCGCACAGCAUGGAGGAGUGCGAGGCGCUGUGUACACGCAUCGCCAUCAUGGUGAACGGGCAGUUCCGAUGCCUGGGCAGCCAGCAGCACCUCAAGUCGCGCUACGGCAGUGGCUACACGCUGCUGGCGCGCAUUCGCGCCGAGCAGGCCGACACGCAGCCCUUCAAGCACUUUGUCGAGACCACCUUCCCCGGCAGCAUCCUCAAGGACCAGCACCAGGGCUUGGUUCACUACCACCUGACCGACAUGGACAUGAGUUGGGCCCAGGUGUUUGGGAUGCUGGAGAAGGCCAAGCGAGACUACUGCCUCGACGACUACUCCAUCAGCCAGAUCUCCCUGGAGCAGGUCUUCCUGGGCUUCGCUCGCUUUCAGCGGCACACAGAGGAGCGCCCCGAGUGACCUCCCCCCCCGACCCCGCCCCCGCGUCACCGCAGCCCGGGAAACAGCGUCUGAAGAUCCUCGUCGGGAGGGGCUGGGCUUGUUUUUGGCAAGGGCGCUCGAUUGCUCGCUCGCGAUGGGCGACAGGCGGCGUUGCCAGCAGCGCCCGUGAACCCAGGUUUAAGCGCCGUCCCCAGCCAUCAGGGCGACGCGGCCACGCCCGUCGUCCCACUGGAAUCGCCGUCGCCGCAACUCUCCGUCCAUUCAUGCGCGACGACGGCUGUCGCGUUGUUUGCACUGCACGAUGACCUCCGCUCAACAAAGAGUGUUUCCGUCUUGGGGUCCGCGUAUCCUUUCCGCCGACGGCGGACGCGGUCCCGUUCUUUUAAAAUGAAAAUGAAUUUCACUUGGCGUGAGAAGCAUGCAGGCGCGCACACGGUCUACUCGUGCAUGCCACUUGCACUUUCAUCUGUAGAAGUGCCUGAGCGUUUGCGAUAUGAGCUGUACAUCGUUUUCCCUUGCAGACGCCGGUGAAAGCAUCGAUGAUUUCUCACGCUCUUGUCGACACUUAACGCGUGCACGCGUGAAUUCAGCUAUCGCUGGCAGGGUGGACAUGAAGUUACGUUCGUCGGUAAUUAUGUUGCAGAUCUCAGAUAUGAAAAUUUCAGUUAGUUUUUCUCAUAUGGUCGUCAUACUGUAAAUUCCAGUUUUUUGUUUCAAUAUACUGAUAUAUAUACGUUUGAUGUUAUAUGAACAGAUGUCUUCUAUAAGGUAUAUUUUGCACACAGUUACUUUAAAAAAAUCGAUGAUAGAUAAAGCAAUUUUAGCUACAGUACUCACAUUACUGUCUUGCUUCCACGUUCAGGUUUUGAGGGAAUGCUACAUCUGAACCAACUCCCGUCAAAAGGAUUGCGUUAUAUCCGUGCACGCAUCAUAAAUGACCUCGGUUUCACAGCUGUCUCUCGGCAUGAUCAGCGUUCUGCUUUCAGCACACAGCUUGGAAACACAUUUGUAAUGAAAGCUGCACUUUUGGCAUUCUCUCGCAUGCGAUCGUUUAUAGCUCACUCCCUCUCACCUCUCCACGUUUGCUUUUAAACAUUGCCAGUUUGGCCUGAGUUUAUAAUACGCUUGCGUCCAAGCCAGCCCCCCACGUGGACCCGAGGAGUUGUGACGUUGGAGCCAGUGGCUUUGGACGUCAUCUCUCGUCAUUGCGUACGAGAGCCCACCGUAAUAUCGCUGUUGACCGUAUAGCACGGCUGCCACAAUACACAUCGGGCUCUCUCUGAGCAGUUGGAUUUCGAGCCCUCCUUCGAUCAAAGAUCGAAUCAGGGCGAUGGAUUUUGUGCGAGUGCCGGGUUUAGCGGACCAGCGUCCGUUCGCAUGCCGAUGGCGCUGUGGCGUCACCUGCAUGUGAACGGAAGCGUCAGGAAACCCAGCGGCAUUUGUUUAACGGGGCUGCACCAUGCUGACGAGAAGCAGAAAGUCGAAAUCGGUUUGCUACCGCAAGCUGUUGGAAAAGAUUGUUACAUUAGGCCCCGCAAUCUGAUUGACCAAAAUGUCAUCUUUACACGGGGUAAAGGAGAUCGUUGUCUGUGUGCACAUUAUUUUUCUGUUAUCCAUGAUUGGAGGCCGGGCUUCCAACAUCAAAGAGUCUCGCACGGCCUUUCAGCCCCCAGCUCUUGGCUUCUGCUCACUUUCGUGGCCGUGGACGGCGUUGUGGGUGCACAGCCCUCGCCGCGAAGUCCGUGGGUCUCUGUCAUUCCCGUAGAAGGGGGGCGCGCCUCCGCACGGCUUCGAUGCGCAACUCGCCGUCUCGGGAAUUGUCCUGCUGGGUUCGGGCAUGAGAGUCCGCAUUGAUGCGUGACCUGUUUUGUGGCCGCGCAGUCAAGAGGUCGCUCAAACCGAACUUUUUCAUUUCCUCGCAUUCUCCGCCCACAUUGAGCCUACACAAGACACGGCUUCAAUUUGGCGAUUGUGAGGUUUUUGUGUUGAGUAUACACUGGUGUGGGGGGCUGAUGAUCUCAAAGGGAGCUAUCAGGUUCUGUGUAAAUACAACUGUGUGCCGUGCAAAUGGGACGUUGUUAUUACAGCCUUGGGGCUUUAGGUUAUUUCCGUGCUCGUUGAUAUAAAAUAUCGUUGCUUUUUCCAUUUUAUAUCUGGUGGCUUUUGUCAUGGGUUGAGCUUGUGGACCACUAUUAGGUGAAUUUGGCACGUGUUUUUUUUAAACCAAAAUCAAGCACUCAAUGCAAAUAGAAAAUAUACCGUGUUUUUCAAAAGAGAAUUUAACAACAGCACAUAUGUUUAUCGAUAAUGGACUUAAGAGAGCUUCAAUAAGUAAAUACGUCUGAUCUCAACCGUGCACACAAAUGCAAGUCAAAGUGUUGGAUAAAUUACUUAAAAUGACACUUGAAAGGUCGAUGUGUGUCCGCAGUGCAAUUCAGGGGUGAUGCUCAAUUCUGGCCGCAUUCCGUUGAUUUGGUCUGCCGAUCCGUGCCCAGAGCGCCGAGCGCAGCGGGCACGAGUGCAGCUGCCAUGUCGUAGGCGCCGUCAUCCGUUUAAAAUCCUUUUUUAAACCGAAAGCCACUCCGCAGAUGUGACGCUUGAGAGAAGCCCGCAGUGUCGUGGGAGAUCCUCCACGCGGCGGACGCUCUUCCACUCUUCCCACUGCGCGACCGAGCCGUAUCCGGCGCCGUGCCGAGCCCGGGUCGGCUCAGGGGGAGCGGCGGUGGGGUUGUUUGUCCCACCGCAUCGGCCGCACGCGGCGAGCAGGUUGAGGGGUGCUCGUAGUUGACGCUGUGCAAUGGUGACGACAUCACCACUUCUAUUUUAAAGCAUAUGUACUUUUAUACGUGGAUAUCGGAGCGUAGAACUAUUUGAUUUCAUUGAGCUGAUUUAUUUGGGCUUCAUGUCUGCCAGUUCCUUUUAGACCAGGCUUCCCAAAUUAUAAUUCUCGCUUCAAGCCGUAGUGCUGGGUUAUUUUUAAAAAAUAAAAUACUGUUUACGCAAUAUCUUUAAAAAUAAAAUUUCAUACAAUUGCGGAAGAUUGGUGAAUUUAAAAUGUGGACCAUUGCACGAAUGAGGACAAGCUUAGAUGAGCAAGUUGAUCUUUGGGGGGGGGGGGGGGAAGCUACCUGUGAACAUCCAAAUACUGUACACAUCUAAUACAGGCCUGUGCGAGGCCGUGCUUAAAGUUCCAGACGUACCCCCCCCCCCCCCCGGCUUGCUGACACGUGAAGCUGAUUUUUCGACGUUAAAAGGAUCGCGUCUGCCUUACGUCGAUGCCGUGCGCGUGCAAGUGGCGAGUUGCGUGCGAUUACUUGAAAGCAUCGCCGUCGGGACCACUAGGCAGACAAACGAAACUCAAAAAAAGUCUCGAUUGUGCAUCUGGGCCAAAUAAGUGUGGAGCCAGUGGCGUUCCGUGUUGGUGGCCGUCACUCGCACAGUUCGCCCAUCGCGCCCGAGAGAGAUGAGCGAGAGAGGAGCGAGAGAGGAAUCCGAUCUUCGUGCUUUCCGUGGAACUCGCGAGCUCAGACCACGCUCGUGGUCGGCAGGGCCAGAUUCAGUUUGAUGGGGGGGGGGGGGGGGGAGCGGCCCGAGGGCUGUUCUAGUUUAGGGAGGCGGUGGGGAGGGGGUGUCUUCUUUCUAUCUUCAAUUUCUUACCUUUUUUUCAUCAUCACCUAUGCCCGGUGCCAAACACUCCAUUGUUGUCAUUCAGUGUGGUUAUUUAAACAGAACAAGCUUAACACAAUUAUUUUAGAAUGUGUCACAUUAUUUGGUGGAGAAUACAGCGGUGCUUUGACUAUAAUUAUAUCAAAUUGCCUAUAGGAUGUAUGACAUGGAUACAGUAUUGCAUUUAAGCCGUUAUAAAGCAGGACAUUUGGGGGGGGGGGGCAGCCCCCUAAAACUCCGAGGUCUGAGCUCCACACGAUGCGUCACAAACCCGCCGACGACUCACUCGCUCGCCUGUUCUAAGACCAACGAUUGGGGAAUAAAAUAAAACUUCUUUCCUGCCAAGGAUUUUCCAUGCAUAACCAUUUGAGUUGAGCCCUCUCGGGUGAGGCGUGGGGCUUGCGUUUGUUAGUUUUCGUUUUUACUUGGUGCUGUGGAAUGUCUUGCAAUGAAAAGGGAUUUAGCAUUUAACGAAAGUGAUUGUACAUAUGCAGACAUAUCUACCUUGUUGAUUUGUAGUAGCUUACUUAGCCUGAAAUUGUGAUUUGUUUUUAAUCUGGGUGGUUAGCGUGUGGCAAGAUUUUGUUGAAAUGUUUUUCCCCCACUAAAGUCUCUAUCGAAUGUUUAAUCGUGACCGAUGAGCGGACAUGGCAGACAUGCCCGCUUGGCAUGUCCCGAUCCCGUUCGAGUCUGGCCCAUUGAUUUGGUGAGAUGAAUGGGACGCCAUCCUCGCACAGUGCACAUUUCUUCUCCUCCACGCUCGCUGGGGAGAGACUGGUGGGUGGGACAGAGUGAGAGUGACCGUCAGCCACAAUGAAUUUUGUUCCAGAUCCGUCCUGCCAGCUGUGUGUGUCCAGCACGGAAUAUUAAUAAGAGAAGCUAACACCAUUCAAUGGGUAUUUCAACAGACUCGGCCGUUCAGUCCGUUCGAAGGGGGAGACGUCUGUCGCUGUGUGGACACGUCGCCCCGUCUCGUUACGUGACCUCCCGCAGCGAAACUGCGCUCACUUCGGUUGGCGAUCGACGUUCGGACGACGUAUCGGAGCGAACCGCGACCCUAAAAAGGAAUAGCACUGCCCACGUGGUGUAGCCCCCCGUGAUCCGUGGGUCAAACAAUUCACUCGAGAGCGUUUUUUUGUUGCGAAUGCUGUCGCAAAAGGUCACACGUUUGGCGCAACGGCCCUUCGCUGACUGUGCGUGAUGAUUGAUUUGCCAUUCGGUGUUGUGUUGUUUUGAAUGAAUGAUGGGGGAAGGUUCGUGCUCUCUCAAGAGGCUUAACCCAAUCUGCCCGUCUUAACCCGAAGAUGGCAUUCCAUUUUCUCGUCGCAUCUUUGUUUUGUAUUCGAUUGCGGUUGUGUGAUUGAUAUGCUUCUCGUUGUUUGGCAAUUUUUCUGUUUCUUAUUUGCAAAAAAAAUAGUUUCAAACGGUUCUUGUUUCAAUGUAUGACUGUCCUUGAUUGAUAAUGGACUUUAAAAAUCUGGGUUGAUAACAAUGCAAGUGUGCGGUUCUGCUUUGUUGUUUAACUUGUUCAAAACCAUUAUUUAUAGUCUUGUAACAAGAGUAAUUUAUAAAUUACCUUUUAAAAUAUA